AUGGAAGAGGCACAAAAUGGAGAUUCCUGGGACGUAGUUGUCUUAGGAACGGGACUGAUUGAAUGCAUUGUUGCAUCAGGCCUCUCAAUGAGAGGAUAUUCAGUCUUGGUUUUGGACUCCAAUACCUCCUAUGGAGGCUUAAGUAACACUGUAAAACUCCCCACAGCUCAUAACUGGAUCUCAGAUAGCCCAGAGCACUCAAACUCUCUCUUUGAAACGAGCUCUUUCUUUGAGAAAGAAUACGAUAUUCAGGUCUACUCAUCAUUAACUGAAACAGAAUCUGAAAACUUGAAAAAUAUAUACAUUGAUAUGAUGCCUAAAGUAUUAUUCUGUCGUGGUCAUCUUGUAGAAAUGAUCUUAUCAUGCAAUAUUUCUGGGUACCUUGAAUUUCAGGGAAUAGAGGAUAUAUAUUUUGUGGACAUUAAAGAUAAGGAAACUCUUAAAUUAACAAGAACACCAUUUUCAAAAAAAGAGGUAUUUUCGUCAACAGAAUUAAAUUUAGUAGAGAAGAGACAAAUUAUGAGGCUGUAUAGUGGAAUUAGGGAUAUUUUGGAGAUAUCUAAAAUUGAGGAAAAAGUUGAUUUAGAUUUGGUUUCUGACCCUUUCAGAACUCCAGCAUUAAUUGUUAAUACACAGAAUAGCUCAAAAAAGAAUAAUAGUUAUGAUAAUAUUCAAAAUAGUAACAAGAAUACAUGUAUUUCAGAAAUAGCUUCCUUUUCAGAUUUCCAGGAUUUUUGGAAAAUUAAUGAUCGUAUUUUAGAUUUAGUUAAGCACAACAUUGUUUUUUGUAGCUCAAACUGUAAUGAGCAGUUUCAAUGGAAAAAGAAUUUUACGAGGUACUUUAACCUCCUUCUGAGCUCAUUAAAUCAGCACGGCUGCAUAGGGACUCCUUUUUUAUAUCCAAAUUACGGUACAUGUGAUUUACCUCAAUCAUUUUCUAGGCUUGCAGCAGUUAAAGGAUCUGUACAAAGACUUGGGACAGAUAUCUCAAGCAUUGAAAGACAGUUUGAGAAGGAGAAAUUAUGGAAGAUUCAUAUUAACUCUAAUAAUCUAAAAGAAGUCAUCCAAUCCAAGUUAAUAUUGGGAUCACUAAAUAGCUUUUCAAAAUACUUGAAGAAUCCCAUAAAUAAUAUAAUAGAAAAGAGGGUUCUAUGCUAUUUUAUCAUUCUGAACCACCCAUUAAUCACACCAAAGAACUCCCAGAAUCAUAAAAAACUUUGUCUCGCCAGUAUAAGGAUUGGAGAAAACCAAUUAGAUAAUAAUAUAGCCUAUAUUCUACAAUGUGAUCACUAUACAGGAUGCUGCCCUUCUGGGUAUUACAUCGUUUAUAUUAAUAAAAUUAUGGGAAUGCAGGAGACCACUUUAGAAGCAAGGAGUAAAAUACAAAAUGCAAUUAACUCUUUUUUAUCCGAAAAAACAAAUAGUGAGACAAAGAUUCUGUACAAAGCAAGCUACAUUUACAAACAAAAAGUGGAAAACCCAGAACUACUGUCAGAUGGACUAAUACUUUUAUCUGAUCCAUCUAUCAAUAAUAAUAGCUUCUUUUUGUUAGAUGAAGAUGUGGAUAACGCAAUAUUAGCACUAGAUAAGUCCUUAAAGUUUUUAAGUUCACAAAAUCAGGAAAAUGUUACAUUCCAUAACUUCUCAAAUUCAGAAAAGGAUCAACAAGGAAAAGAGAACCCAAGAAGCCAAGAAUUAAGUAAUCAGUACAUUAUAAAAAAGCUACAAAAUAUCCUAGAUUAA